GAGAGAGGGGAGGGCUCUACAGCCUCCUCUACCAGCAAAAAGGGGCCUAAAGAAGGAAGGAUGGCAGGACAAUGGCAACAAGUGACAAGAUCAAAGCAUUGUCGACAGAGACCUCCUUUAACAUAAUUGCAGCUCUUUCAAGGCCUCGGAGACCAAAGAAAGGGAAAAGGAAACAGUAACUCUGGUGCUCCCAUACGGUCUUGCUUUCUGUUAUAACUCUUCCCUGGAUAAAGUCUGAGAUCAAGGCCAGGAAACAUGUUGGGUUUUGUUUUCGGAAACACUUCCAUCGAUCUUGAGAUUUGAGCUGCACCACAGCGUAAAGCUUUGAGGAAACACGAAACAGAAACAGUACAAAACUGCUGCUUGUUGUCACGCGCCGCCUGUCAAUAAACAAAGGCACCAGCUUUUUCCCCUCCGAUAUAUCUUAUCGCUGUUCACGGUGGAGCUCCGCUGUUUUCUCAGAUUAGUCUAUUUGGCGAGAGUGAGGAGGGGAAGUGGAGGCAGGCAUCCAUGCGAGUGCGCGUCGGGGAGGGGAAGAGAGCAGGAAAGAUAACACCACUUUAUUUGGAGUUAAUACAUUUCCAUGUUUCUGAGGGACAGCAAAGUCUAGUUAAAUCAAAUAUCAAACACUGAAAGUGGUGGAUAUCUUAUGAAGAUGGAUAUAUGGAGCUUCAACAAGAAAGCUCCAAUGUCGGGGCGUUAUCUGCCACAACCCUUCGGAACCCUUCAUCUUCUUCUUCAGCGUUCGUCUCUGCUAAUCAGUCCCCUUUCUUCUCCCCACGGUCACCAUCAACACAUACCUCUGAACCUCUAAAGCAUGACAGUGCCGCAUGCCCAAACGGUGUCGGUAUUACCGUGGAUCAUCUUGUCUCCCUAACUGGACGGUUGCAGUCAAUAUCUAAUAUCCAUUUUGUUGCUUCCAAUAUUUCUCCUGCUCCCAGUUUCUGUUCUUCCAGUAAUUUUGGAACUCCAGGAGCCGUAUAUAACAACCUUACUCUGGUUUCCUCCUUUAAUGGUGUUUGCAAUGGCAGUUCAUCUAAUAAUAGCCAGGGGACAGGAAAUAAUUUCUUGGGUCGAGGGGAGAAGCAGAAGAGAUUGGGCAAAAAACAGGGGAAGCUUUUGUGUUCCCGGCCUACAGCUUCAGUUUCUUCAACUAGUAAACUUCGGAGCUACGAUGUGUACAUAGGCUUUCAUGGAAGGAAGCCAUCUUUGCUGAGAUUUGCCAACUGGCUUCGUGCGGAGCUGGAAAUUCAGGGGAUCAGUUGCUUUGCAUCUGACAGGGCUCGAUGUAGGAAUGCUCGCAGCCAUGAUGCAGUUGAAAGAAUAAUGAAUGCUUCUGCCUACGGUGUGGUGAUACUCACAAAGAAGUCAUUUGGGAACCCUUAUAGCAUAGAGGAGCUUAGAUGUUUCCUGAACAAGAAAAAUCUGAUACCAAUCUACUUUGAUUUGGGCGCUGGUGAUUGUCUUGCCAGAGAUGUAAUCGAGAAGAGGGGAGAAUUAUGGGAGAAAUAUGGUGGUGAGUUAUGGAUGCUUUAUGGUGGCUUGGAGAGAGAAUGGAGAGAGGCCAUUGAUGGACUCUCAAGGCUGUUGGACUGGCGGUUGGAGGCAUGUGAUGGCAACUGGAGAGAUUGUGUACUGCAGGCAGUUGUUUUUCUAGCUACAAGAUUGGGGAGGAGAAGCGUGGUUGAUAGAAUUAAUAGAUGGAGGGAAAGGGUGGAAAAGGAGGAAUUCCCGUUCCCUCGAAAUGAAGAUUUUGUUGGGCGGAAAAAGGAACUCUCCGAGUUGGAACUUAUUCUGUUUGGUGAUGUUAGUGGAGAUGGAGAAAGAGAAUAUUUUGAACUCAAGACGAGGCACAGGAGAAAAUCUCUGGUUAUCGGGUGCCCUGACAAGUAUCGUGAAGAAGAAGAUGCAAAAGAUCAACAAUCAGAGAGCAGCAGCAAAGGAAAAGAGCCAGUUCUAUGGAAGGAAUCUGAGAAUGAAAUAGAGAUGCAAAGGUUGGGAAGUCCACUAAAACGAUACCGCCCUCUAAGGCCAAAGAAUGGAAGCAGGCACACCAGGAGAAAAAGAUCCAUGAAGAUACUAUACGGCAAGGGUAUUGCUUGUGUCUCUGGAGAGUCUGGAAUUGGCAAGACAGAGUUAAUUUUGGAAUAUGCUUACAGAUUCUUUCAGAGAUAUAAGAUGGUUUUAUGGGUGGGAGGAGAAGCCAGAUAUUUUCGGCAAAACUAUUUGGCUCUGCGAACCUUUUUGGAAGUUGACCUUAGCAUCGAGAAUCAUUCUCUUGAGAAAGGAAGAACAAAGUGCUUUGAGGAGCAGGAAGAGGAAGCCAUUGCGAGUGUUAGGAAAGAAUUAAUUCGAGAUAUCCCGUUCUUAAUUAUUAUAGAUAAUUUGGAGAAUGAGAAAGACUGGUGGGACCAAAAAGAUAUCAUGGAUCUGCUGCCACGCUUUGGUGGAGAAACACACUUAAUAAUAACUACAUGCCUUCCUCGGGUGAUGAGCUUGGAUCCCAUGAAUCUGUCUUAUUUAUCUGGUGCGGAGGCACUGUCUUUGAUGAAGGGAGGCGUAAAGGAUUAUCCCAUGGUGGAAGUUGAUGCUCUCAGGGUCAUUGAGGAGAAGCUCGGCAGGCUUACACUAAGUCUUACCAUUGUUGGUGCCAUUCUUUCCGAGCUUCCUAUUACUCCAAGUAGACUUCUUGAUACUAUUAAUAGAAUGCCUGUGAGAGAUAUGGCAUGGACUGAAAGAGAGGCUCUUACAUUUCGAAGAAAUGCAGUUCUUGUUCAACUUUUAGAUGUCUGUCUUUCCAUAUUUGAUCAUGCUGACGGACCAAGGAGUUUGGCCACCAGAAUGGUUCAGGUAAGCGGUUGGUUUGCUCCUUCUGCAAUUCCAAUACCACUCUUAGCUUUGGCUGCACACAAGGUUCCAGAGAAGCGUCGUAGUUCCCCCCUUUGGAAGAAGUGCUGGCAUGCAUUAUCCGGCAGCUUAACUGCUUCUCGUAUCAAGAGAUCUGAAGCUGAGGCAACUUCCAUGUUGAUCAGAUUUGGGAUUGGGAGAAGCAGCACAAAACCUGACUGUAUCCAUUUCCAUGAACUCAUCAAAUUAUAUGCUCGCAAAAGAGGGGGCAAUCGGUUUGCUCAUGCUAUGGUACAAGCAGUUUACCUUAGAAAUUCCAUUUCUCUAUACCCUGAGCAUCUCUGGGCAGCUUGCUUCUUACUUUUCGGAUUUGCAACUGAUCCCAUUGUUGUGAGACUAAGACCGUCCGAGUUGCUAUUUUUCAUGAAACGUGUGGUUCUGCCACUUGCAAUAAACAUGUUUGUCAACCUAUCCCAGUGCAAUGCAGCAUUGGAUCUUCUCCAGCAUUCAACUGAUGUUCUAGAAGUUGCUGCGGACUCCCUCGUUUCACGAGCUGAGAAGUGGCUUGAUAAAUCAUUCUGCUGCGUCAGACAAGUUCAAUCUGAUUCUCAGAACACAUAUCUCUGGCAGGAAUUAUCACUCUUGAGGGCAACUGUUUUACAAACAAGGGCAAAACUAAUGCUCAAGGGAGGACAGUAUGACAAAGGAGAUGACCUCAUUCGAGAGGCUAUAUUUAUUAGGACUUCCAUAUGCGGCGAGCAUCAUCCGGACACCAUAUCUGCUCGAGAGACACUAAGUAAAGUUACAAGGCUUCUCAUGAAUGUCCAAGUUAGUUAAUUUUUAUCUAUUUUCUUCAAAAUUUGCUACACAUUCUUUCAUGUGGUUUCACAUUAGAAUCACAGAAAUGUCUCGGCUUCAAAUAACAUGGGAAUAACUUUCACUUUUUUAAUUCUCCUCUCUUCUUGAUUUACUUUCUGACAGACUUUUCUCUCUUUGGCCCUUGUAAAAUUUAUGGCCAAUAUAUAUUGAGUUAGAUCCGAGCGGUGACAUUCUAUUA